AUGAGCAAGCCUUGUGAAACACCAAUCUCGAAAUCCCGUCGUGCGCGGAAACGAGAAACAAUCGAUAUUGGAAAGCCCCGGAAAAGGUCGUUCCUGGAAGAGAUUGGUGAUAGCCUGGUCGAGCAACUCUACACAGACUCAGUACACGAUGACCAUAUCGAUGGAUGUCUGUCGUGUGUCACGGUCAUAGAUCACUUACGCAGCAAUGCGAAAGAUGAAACUGUCUCUUCAUCUGCCAGCUCAUCGAACUACAGCUCCCAAACAACAGCCAGAUCACUUUCCACCCCAACAACGAGUAUCGACGGACACGAACCAUUGUACUAUGCAACCUCCCAGGAACCAGCAGCCGCCGGAAAUACACCCCCAAAGUCAGAGCCUACAUCGAGAGAUCUUGGCCAAGCAGAUGUCUUCAGUUUAGAUGACUUCACCACCAUGACAGCCAUCGAGCACCUCGCCGCAAACUACGGCCGCGUAGCCCACAUGGGCAUCCUCGACCGCAGUUACCGGUUCUUCGUGAACAAAUCCAGAACAGCAGCUCUCUCCUUCAAGAUCCAAAACUCCGUCGCCAUAGUCGGCGGUGAUCCCCUAUGUCCUCCAUCCUCCAUCCCCGAGCUCCUCGCCGAAUUCACAACAUACCGAAAACGCCAUCACUGGGGCAUCGCCUUCAUGGGCGCCAGUGAAUCCUUCCUAAAAGACUACGCCCAACCAAACCAAUGGACAACCAUCCGCUUCGGCACAGAACGAGUCCUAAACCCCCAAACAAACGAAGUCCUCCUCGAAACCAGCGGAAAGCGCAUAACAACGCAAAACCGCCAGCUCCUCAACAAAUCAAAAGGAGGAAUCACAUUACAUGUUUAUGCUCCAGCCGUCCACGGGACAGACCACCAUCUCCAAUCAACCCUCAUCUCAAUAUACGAUACCUGGCGCGCCCACAGAAACGAAACCGCAUCACCACAAGCCUUUAUUACAGUCUACGAUCCAUUCGCCCUCCCCUCCCUAAUGACCUUCAUAUACACGCGCGAUAGCAAAGGUACCGUGAAUGGCUUCGCAGCGCUACGUCGUCUAGGCGCAGACGGAUACCACGUUGACCCAUGCAUUGCAUCACCGGGGUCAAACAAGGGAAUUAGUGACUUGUUACUUGUCGCAGCCAUGGCUCUGCUUAAUCGAGCAGGCGUGUCGUAUUUGGGAUUUGGGUUCGAGCCGUUGCAUGCGCUUGCUCGGGACGAUGUUGUCGGCAUGCCGGCGCCGUUGCGGAGCUUCACGCGGGAUCUGUACGAGCGUGCAUUUCAGCGGUUGCCGAUUGGUGGAAAGAAGGCUUAUCAUGAUAAGUUUCGGCCUGAUCCGAACUUGGAUAAUGGGCUUUAUCUUGUUUUCCCUUCGGGGAUUCCUGGGCCCCGAGUUUUGUUGGCUAUGACGCAUAUGGCGAAUAUCAGUCUGAGGAAGAUUUUCUGGGCUGACGUUAGGGGUUGGGUGGGGAGGAAGGAGGUUGAGGGAACGAAGGAGAAAAGUCCUGAGCAACAAAGUGGCUGUGUGGUGUCUAAACAACCCUGA